AUGGCUUCAUCAGAGCUCCUCAAACAGAUUCAAGCCGGAAAAAAGCUAAAGAAGGCAGAAACCAAUGACCGCAGUGCACCUGCCAUUGAAGCACCCAAAGGCGGGGCAGCAGGAGGGCGGUCUGGAGGCGGUGGAGCAAUGGGAGUUGCGGCCCCUGCUAUGGGGUCUUCUAUGUCUGGUCCGCCUCAGUUGGGUGGGCUAUUUGCUGGAGGCAUUCCCAAGUUGAAGCCUGCUGGCCAAACCACAGGGAAGCCCCCAACACUUGGAAAACCCCCUUCAAUACCGAAACGGAACGGCGCAGCGCCAGUGGCAGCACCCGUGCCCCCUGGUAGACCCUCACCUGCCAGACCUCCAGCCCCCCCUGCACUCAGCGCACCCACUGUCCCGAGUCGCCCCGCACCAAGUCUCCCAUCGAGGGUAGCUCCCACACCUCCAACUGCUGCACGAUCACCUCCCCGUAGACCCCCUCCCGCUAUUCGCAAUGAGUCACCCACUGCUGCACCUCCACUACCUUCUCGAACAACGUCUAAUGCAUCUACUAGAUCAGCUCCUGAGCCUCCUGUGCGUCCUGUUUCAGCAGCUCCCCAUAUCCCUCCUCGCCGAGGGGUACUAGCCCCGCCUGCCACGUCUGGGAGAGCGCCUCCUCCGCCUCCUCCCGCCAGGUCAUCGACUUUGAAGCCACACACUGAUGCAUCUACUCCCGCGCGCCCUGUUCCACCACCACCUCCUACAAGAAGACCUAUCAGCGUCGCAACGUCACAUUUAUCCGCAUCUCGUGCCAGGAGCGUAUCAGAGGAAGGUCCUCCUGCAGCGCCGCCUCCUCCCCCACCCCCGGGUCCCCCUCCUGCGCGGCAUGCCCCUACCCCUGCACCACCUCCUGUGCGGCACGUUCCCACCCCGGCAUCGGCCCCUCCGCCUCCGCCUCCGCCUCCGCCUCCUGGUCCUUCACCGGUAAGAUCACGCACUUCAUCGACGUCCGGGGCACUUUCGCCAUCGACAAGUCGAGUUGCUUCGUCAUUGUCGGCGGCCGUUUUACCUCAGGUAAAUGGUACGAGCACCCUUACUUCCACCCGUCGCAGGAUUCCCUCUCCACCUCCACUAGCCGGCUCGCACACUUUCCCUGUGACUGGAUUCCCUCCGCCGCGGCCUUUCAAUCCGUCUGUGAAACGGUAUGGUGGGGGACGACAGAGAGGCAGCGAGUUUGAUCUGGCUGUGUUGUGA